AUGCCUCCGAGGAAAAAGCCCAACUCUUCUUCUUCCUCCUCCUCAUCGUCCAAGAAAUCCAACCCAACCAAUCAACCCCAGCCCUCCAAGUUUGGCAUCCAACAUUUCUUCCAACGCCACACCCAGAACGGCGAGAACGUCCUCUUAGCCUCUCGGAACCCCAAGCCCUCCUCCCCUUCCAACGCCGCCGUUUCGACCUCGCAUAACCCUGCCACCGAUGCUCCGAGUUCAGCGCCAGAGAAAUCGGGUUUGCCUGUUCGAAACCCGAUAAAUUAUCCCGAAAAUGCACCGGAUUUGCAGAAACCCGACGCGACACAUGCGGUUUCGGCGUCUCGGGACCCUAAAAGCUGGUCGGGUUCGCAGGCGAAUGAUCCGAAUAGUGCCUCGCAGAAUAUGCCGACGGAUAAUAUCGUGGUGAUGGAUGUUAGUUCUGAUGAGGAGGACCUGUCGGAGGGUUCGCAGGUAAAUGAUCCGAAUAGUGGGUCGCUGACUACGCCGACGGAUAAUAUCGCGGUGAUGGAUGUUAGUUCUGAUGAGAGCCUGUCGGAGGGUUCGCAGUUCUGA